AUGGUCUGUCUUUACUAAAGUGAGCUCCGCGUCCUCGACGAGCUAGCUGUAAUUGGUUCGCCGACUUAGCGUAAUUAAACGUGACGCCGACCGGAAGUGUUAGGUCGCCCCGAUUUUAAACACUUGGGACUGCGCCGCCUGGCUCCUCCUUGUGGACACAAUGAGCGCAGAAAGGGGAGACUUUACAGCCAAACUUGACAGCUAGUCCGGCGUUAGCCGACUGCGACACCACACGAGCUAGCGAUCUUGCUAUGCCGAGCUAAGCUAAGCUAGCUCACCGAGGCGUCUGGCUUCGGGACGUGGACGCCCGCGUACAGACAGCGCGGCCUGCUCGAUAUCUCCACAUGGCAGACAUGGCCUCUACUCCACCAGUCUGUUUGGUGUGUUCAUUAGGGGCGCUCCCCAGUCACCCCCAUGCUCCUCCAAUGAAACCCCUCAACUCCAUGAAACGAGCCCCGCAUCCCACUCCUCAAAGCGGUGACGGAGCCUUCCUCCAUGAGCCAGUCUCCUGGCAACCAGCAGCCAAUCAACACGCAGGAUCUCUCUCUGUAGUAACCACAGUGUGGGGCGUGACCAAUCCCACGCACAGCCAGGUAAUCGGAGCGCCACCCAUGGGUCCUGGCGACAGCACGGGUGGUCACAUGAUGCCCGGCGGGGGCGGAGGCGGCGGCCCCGGCAUGGCUGGUGCCAUGGGGCCGCAGUUCAUGAGCCAGCAGGGGUACGGCGACGCCAUAUCCAAAGGUUACGGCCAGCCGCUCAUGUAUGGCCGCCCCAAUGCAGGGUACAACCCUGCAGCGACCUACGGCAGCAGUUACUCGGGUAACAGCGGUGGGAUGGGUGUGCGCCCCCCCUCAGACUUCACCACCGCCGCCGCCGCCGCCGUGGCUGCCGCUACAGCUACCGCCACUGCCACCGCAACCGUGGCGGCCAUACAAGAGAAGCAGCACCAGGACAUUAGCUACGCGCAGAUGGGCGGACCCUCCUCUUACAGCCCCCAAUUCAUGUCGCACGGGGGCCCUCGUGGACCCCCGGCCAUGAACCAAGGCGGUAUGGUCUCAAGCAGGUCGGGACUGGCGCCACCCUCUACCGGGGGCUUGUACCCAUCUCACCCUGGACACACACAGAAGAUGCACGGUGGAGGAGGAGCAGGUGGGGGAUAUCCUGGUGGAACGCAGGGACUCAAACGCACUUUCCACCCUGAGUUCGGCGGCAACGGCGGCGGGAUGUCGUCCAUGUCGGCGUAUCCUCAACAGCCUCUGCAGUACCCCCCCGGACCGCCACAAAGGUGCGCCCCCUCGCCCUCGUACCCGGCCGGCCGCAUGCCCCCCAUGGGCCAGUACGCCUCCGGGUCACACAGCAACCCGCCGCCGUUCCCCGCCAGCGCCGGACAGCCCAACCCACCCCAGUACUACAAGUCAGAAGUGUUUAAUGGGCAGACAGGACUGCCCCCUGCAGGCCCAGGAGGAUACAACGCCUUCACUCAAGCAGCGGCCAGCGGGCCCGGGCGGGGCGGAGGGAUGCCCGUGUACCCCAGCUCGCCCAUGGGCGGCAAUCCCACACCUCCCAUGACACCUGGCACCUCCAUGCCGCCUUACCUCUCCCCAGGCCAGGAGACCAAAUCUCCCUACAUGCCCCCCGAUGUCAAAAGCAACAUGGGUGGCCCGCAGACUGCCACAGGUAACCCUAGUGACGAUCUCCGCCUGACCUUUCCGGUGCGUGACGGCGUGGUUUUGGAGCCUUUCAGGCUGGAGCACAACUUGGCGGUCAGUAACCACGCCUUCCAGCUUCGAGACUCCGUCUACAAAACGCUCAUGAUGAGGCCCGAUCUGGAGCUGCAGUUCAAAUGCUACCACCACGAGGACCGGCAGAUGAACACCAACUGGCCCGCCUCGGUGCAGGUGAGCGUCAACGCCACGCCUUUGUCCAUCGAGCGCGGCGACAACAAGACCUCCCACAAGGCCUUGUACCUCAAGCAAGUGUGCCAGCCCGGCCGCAACACGGUCCAGAUCACCGUCACCGCCUGCUGCUGCUCCCAUUUGUUCGUGCUGCAGCUGGUCCAUCGGCCCUCCGUCAGGUCGGUGCUGCAAGGACUCAUGAAGAAGCGGCUGCUGCCCGCGGAGCACUGCAUCACCAAGAUCAAGAGAAACUUCAGCAGUGGCACCAUCCCCGGGACCCCCGGGCUAAACGGAGAGGACGGCGUGGAGCAAACGGCCAUCAAAGUGUCGCUCAAGUGUCCAAUCACUUUCCGGCGCAUCCAGCUGCCGGCACGAGGACACGACUGCCGCCACAUACAGUGUUUUGACCUGGAGUCGUACCUGCAGCUCAACUGUGAACGAGGAACGUGGAGGUGUCCCGUCUGCAAUAAGACGGCUCUGCUGGAGGGUCUGGAGGUGGACCAGUAUAUGCUAGGGAUCCUGGUCUACAUCCAGAAUUCCGAUUACGAGGAGAUCACCAUCGACCCGUUGUGCGGCUGGAGGCCGGUGCCGGUCAAGCCUGACCUGCACGUGAAGGAGGAAUCUGACGGGCCGGCGCUCAAACGCUGUCGCACAGUCAGCCCCAGUCACAUGCUGAUGCCCAACGUCAUGGAGAUGAUCGCCGCGCUGGGGCCCGCCUCCUCGCCGUACGCCAGUGCCGGGGCGCCGGCUGGGGGCAACAGGGGCAGCCCAGACUACAACAGACCUGGGAGCCGAGGCUUUGCCAGCCAGUCGGGUUUCCCCGAAUUCCCUAACACUCCCGGCACGCCGACCCUGGGGGAGUACCCUUCCUCCGGCCCGCCGCUAUCUUACCAGCACGAGCAGUGCCGCCGAGAGCCAUUAAGCAAGCAUUCAUGCCCGUUUCGCGCCGCACCCUUCCCACAAUGCCUUGCUCCCGCAGCACGCCAACCAGAACCUCGGCGAGGAGAGGAGCGGGGCCGCUUCCCACAAUGCACGGCUGCACGCCGAGGGCUCCUUCGGUCUGGGGGCCCCCCAGGGAGGGGCCGGCGGAGGGGCGGCCGAUCACUCGCUAGAUCUUCUGCCCGAGCUGACCAACCCGGAUGAGCUGUUGUCGUACUUGGGUCCGCCCGACCUGCCCAGCAACAGCAGCGACGACCUUUUGUCGCUCUUUGAGAACAACUGAGCGUCUCUCCCCGCCUUCCUCUUCAUCUUCUCCUUCUUUGUCAUCUUCUCUGUCGUCGUCAUCUUCUUUUUUGUCUUCGAUGUCGUCGUCUCCUCCCCUUCAAUUUGUCACUCGGAUCCUUUUUCACGUAACUUUGGAAGACUGCGGCGUUCCCGGUCCAGAUUGCGCAGCACAACCAUUAUAUUACUAGUAGCAUUUUCCACUUGUAGUAACAUCUUUGGGCUGCUAAUAUACAUUGAAACCGUUCUAGUAACUAACCGCUGUCCUGCAGUAGUAACACUACUCGGUCCUUUGGGGACCGCAGGAGAGGUGGCGCGUUACUUGCUGGACGUGGACAAUUUAAUUUUAUUCAAUUUAGUCAAAAUAUCUUUUAGCCAUGUUAAAUUGCUAAUAAUUCCUCACCAAAAAAAUGUCCCCAAAGACGUGUUCUCUUCCAUUCACCCAUGUCUGAGCAUUCCUGCUCUCUUAGCACCGCCCAAUCUAAGAAAACAAUUAGGUCCUCAAUCUUAUAUGUAUAAGAUUAAGGAGACUCCCCCCGUACCGCCCCCGCUGACUAAACACAUGCUCGCUUUCUCGAGCAGCCGGUGAGACGCCCGACAAGCGUCUCCGGCAGAGUCUUUAUGAGCAGCCACUUCAGCCGAGGCGCCCUACCCGGCGACUUUCUUACUAUUUCCUGUUUUGUGGGCCGGUUGAAGGACGAUGUCAGGAAAAGGGCGGGCAGGCACACGGCGAGAGGCGGGGUUUCAGUGAGCCAGGCAUCCGACUUCCGGGUUAGCAAAAUAGCCAUCACAAUAACUUCGAUCUCAUAAGAAAUUAGAUUGCCAUCGUGCCAAAGGUCAUCAAUAAUCUUCUGUGCCUCGAGUUAACUGUGGAAAUCGUAAGGUCCAUGUACACUCUUUGUCGUCACAAGUAGGACAACUUUGGCACAUUGGGAGGACAGCUGCAUGUUACUCGUGAGGCAAAACUGUUCACUAGUUCACAACUGGGAUAUCAUCGAUACUGACUCGGUGCUCCAAUGGCUUUCAAGCAACUUUGAAAUGAAACAAAAUGCAAAAUGCUUUAGCUAAUGAAAAUUAGCAUCAAUGUUACGGAAACUACGCUAAUGUAGCACAAAUGUGUCAAAGUACUACACUGAAGUGCACCACUCUAAUGUUACUCGUAACAUGAGAAAAUUCUUCUAGUAACCAGCUAGCGCACAGGUGUCAAACUCAAACCCUGGGGGCCAGAUGUGGCCCACCGCAUCAUUUUAUGUGGCCCACGAAACGAAAUUAUGUGUCAAUUUGCACGAUCCUUGCUCAAAUCUGUAACGACAUGUCCAAUUGCGUGUCAGAAGUAGCUUGUCCUACCAUUGUACCAAAUUUGUUGCAUGAAAGCCGUAUGACGACUUAUGACUUGAUAUCCAUCUUAAGGUUCACGCACUCGUACGCUGUCUGUCCUCUAUCCCAACUUUGGCAUACUAGUUGGACAACUACAUGCCUCUAGUCAGGCAAAACUCUGCACCAGUUGACAAUUGCAGACGACAAGCACACCCAGUGACGUCACAUUCCCAUUUCUAAAUUCCGUACUAUAUACUGUAGAAUAGUGACAUCUAGCACUUCACUGGUUGUACUCGUCGGGUACAGAAGGUAAGUAGAGCACAGUAUGCCUCGCGAGUAACAUGGAGUUGUCAGUUAUACAGCCUGGUAGUACAUGGCCAAGGGAAAAAAAAAGCUCAAACGGCUUCCCAUGUUGGAGGCGAACAUGUUGAACCGUUGAGACAACGCCCACAUUCCAUCAUUCCAGUUUGGCAAUGUCGCCUCAUGUGAAUAUUUCCCUAUUUUCAUCGCAUUACAUGUGCUCUUGUUCUUCUUCCUCCUGUUCAUUAUUGUCCGUGUUCAACCACCUGAUCUUUUUUUUUUCCCUAACAGACACUUUGAGGUUCCCAAAACGGCAACAUAAAUGUUGACUUUUAUUUGGGGG